AACAGUGACGUACACCGGAAGUGUUGCGUUGUUUCUGUGUUCAGGAAGAAUUCCGCCCAGUGCUUUUGUCGCCAUGGCGUUUCAACAAUAGCAUUGCACUAGACGGUCCUGUUUUAUAAGACAUUUAAGUGGCUCAACAUGCCGAAGGUCGUGUCUAGAAGUGUCGUGUGUUCGGACACCAGAGACAGAGAGGAGUAUGACGACGGAGAAAAGCCUCUUCAUGUCUACUACUGCCUGUGCGGUCAGAUGGUUUUGGUGUUGGACUGCCAGCUGGAGAAGCUGCCCAUGAGGCCCAGGGACCGAGCCAGGGUGAUCGACGGGGCCAAACAUGCCCACAAGUUCUGCAACGUAGAGGUGGACGAAAACGCGUACAUCAAGAGAGCCGAGGGCAUCGAGAGACAGUACCGCAAGAAGUGCGGCAAGUGCGGCUUGCUGCUCUUCUACCAGCACCAGGAGAAGAACAAUCCGGCCACCUUCAUCGUGGACGGAGCGGUGGUCAAGUUCGGGCAGGGUUUCGGCAACACCAGCGUCUACAGCCAGAAGCAGCCGGAGGCUCCCAAGAAAGUCCGCGUGAUGAUGACCAAGCGGACCAAAGACAUGGGCAAGUUCAGCUCUGUCACAGUCUCCACCAUCGACGAGGAGGAGGAGGAGAUCGAGGCCCGGGAGGUGGCGGACUCGUACGCCCAAAACGCCAAAGUGAUCGAGAAGCAGCUGGAGAGGAAGGGCAUGAGCAAGAGGAGGCUGCAAGAGCUGGCCGAGCUGGAGGCCAAGAAGGCGAAGAUGAAGGGCACCCUUAUUGAUAAUCAGUUCAAAUAGAAGAGUCUCAAUGAGGGACGCGCUGUGACACAAUGUAAUCCUCUGAAGAUCCUCAUGCACACUUGUAUUAUCUUCCCAGUACUGGCCAGUAGUUUUUCUGUGGCGAAACAGCACUCCAGUACAUGGAGGGCAGUAUUUGGACAUAUCAGUAUAAGACUGGUGAUUUGUGUUGCCUAUUAAGAUGGUGAUGUUGUAGUGCUUUAAAUUAGUUUAAAAUGUUAUUUUGUACAACAAUUAAAAGACCAAAUGAA